AACGGAAAAUGUGCUUUAUGUAAUCGUGUGUGAAACUCACAGCCGUCUGGGUAGAUCGUCUGAGAAGGGGAUGAGAUUCCAGUCCUAAUUCACAGGAUCCUCUGGAUUUUUCGCUAGGAAUCGGAAUGAAAUCUGGCUAAUUUUGCGCAGACAAUCCAGUCUUGUUUCUUUAUUAUUCCCAGUUAUUGCGUUAACAGCUGCAAACGUUGAACAGCUCAUUUAACUGAAUACUCGAGAUGGCCGCGAUCGCCAGUUCUCUGAUCCGACAAAAACGCCAGGCGCGGGAAUUCAACAGCGAUCGGGUAUCUGCCUCCAAACGCCGCCCCAGUCCCAGCAAAGACCCCCGCUCUCUCUGCGAGCGACAUUUCCUGGGGGUCUUCAGUAAAGUCCGCUUCUGCAGCGGCAAGAAAAGACCUGUUCGCCGGCGACCAGAUGUGCCCUCGAAACCUCCACAGGUAUCCCGUAAGGGCAUCAGGCUAGAGCCGCAGCUGAAAGGCAUUGUGACACGACUGUUCAGCCAGCAGGGUUUUUACCUGCAGAUGCAGCCAGAUGGAACCAUCGAUGGCAUCAAAGAUGAGAACAGCGACUACAAUGCUGAAACACUGGCCAUGCAGGUCAUCCCCAUCCCAUCCCCAACAUCUGUGUCCAAAAUAGACUUCAGUGCUGUAAGGUCCACGCAAUUGGCCCAACAAAGGUAUCCAACGGCGGUCGAAGGAAUCUAUGUCGCUCAGAGGUUCUCGCUUCAGCCGGUGUACGCAGAUCUCACGAUCACAAACUCUCCAGUCUGA